AUGCCAGCCAAAAUUAUAAGUGGGAAAGAGGUCUCUACGCUGGUGAAGGAGCGCCUGAAGAAAGAGGUGGACGCCAUGAAGCUGACAGACCCCAAUUUCAAACCUGGUCUGACAGUUUUGCAGGUUGGCGACCGGGAAGAUUCAAAUCUUUACAUCAGUAUGAAAUUGAAGGCUGCUGAUGAGAUUGGAAUAAAGGCCACUCAUUUGAAACUCCCAAAGACUGCUACAGAAAGUGAGAUUCUCCAUGCUAUUACAGAAGUGAAUGAAAACUCUUCUAUACAUGGGCUGAUUGUGCAACUGCCACUGGACUCCAUUCAUAAAAUUGACACAGAAAAAGUCACUAAUGCCGUGGCACAGGAGAAAGAUGUGGACGGGCUGACCAGUGUAAACGCCGGGAAACUCGCCCGCGGGGAUCUGAGAGACUGCUUUAUUCCCUGCACACCAAACGGCUGCAUGGAGUUGAUCAAACAAACUGGCAUUUCCGUGGCGGGAAAGAAGGCUGUGGUGCUCGGACGCAGUAAAAUUGUGGGCGCACCGAUGCAUGAUCUGCUCCUGUGGAACCAUGCCACGGUCACCACCUGUCACUCAAAGACCGUUGAUCUAGAUUUGGAGGUGGGUCGGGCUGACAUCUUGGUUGUAGGCAUUGGUCAAGCCGAAAUGGUCAAAGGAGAAUGGAUCAAGAAAGGAGCAGUUGUUAUUGACUGUGGCAUUAAUCCAAUCCCAGAUGAAUCCCGGCCCAAUGGUAAACGAGUGGUGGGAGACGUCCACUACGCCUCUGCCAGAGAGCGGGCAGACUUCAUCACACCGGUGCCUGGGGGAGUGGGGCCCAUGACCGUGGCGAUGCUGAUGGCGAACACUGUUCAGAGUGCAAAGAGAUUUCUCGAAACCAAUCAACCUGGAAAAUGGAAUAUAACUUACAACGAACUGAAACUGGAGAAGCCUGUGCCAAGUGACAUAGUGAUUUCUCGCUCCUGUAUUCCCAAACCCAUCGACCAACUCGCAAAAGAAGUGGGUUUGCUGUCCGAUGAGGUGGAGCUCUACGGCAAGACUAAAGCUAAAGUUCAGCUGUCCAUCAUGAAGCGUCUGCAGGCCCAGCCAGACGGAAAAUAUGUAGUCGUCACUGGCAUCACACCUACUCCUCUCGGCGAGGGGAAGAGCACCACCACUAUUGGCCUCGUUCAAGCUCUCGGCGCUCACAUGAAGCUCAACGUAUUUGCAUGUGUUCGACAGCCAUCACAAGGACCCACGUUUGGGAUAAAAGGUGGUGCUGCAGGCGGGGGUUAUUCUCAAGUUAUUCCAAUGGAGGAGUUUAACCUCCACCUCACUGGAGACAUUCACGCCAUCACUGCUGCCAACAACCUGGUGGCUGCAGCUAUCGAUGCUCGCAUGUUUCAUGAAGCUACCCAGUCCGACAAAGCUCUUUACAACCGCCUCGUUCCCCUCAGUGGGGGAAAGAGAGUGUUUUCAGACAUCCAGCUUAAAAGACUAAAGAAACUUGGCAUUGACAAAACUGAGCCCACAAGUCUUACUGAGGAAGAGAUCACACGUUUUGCUCGCUUGGAUAUCGAUCCCAACACAGUGACCUGGCAGAGAGUGAUGGAUACAAAUGAUCGUUUCUUGAGGAAGAUCACGAUUGGACAGUCCUCAACAGAAAAGGGAUUUACCAGAGAGGCACAGUUUGACAUCACCGUGGCCAGUGAAAUCAUGGCAGUUCUCGCCUUGACCAGCAGCUUGGCGGAUAUGCGCACACGUCUGUCAAAAAUGGUUGUAGCCACCAGCAAAAGUGGAGAACCUGUAACGACUGAGGACCUGGGAGUCAGUGGUGCUUUAACAGUCCUCAUGAAAGACUCGAUAAAACCAAACCUUAUGCAGACGCUUGAGGGAACCCCAGUGUUUGUUCAUGCCGGCCCCUUUGCCAACAUUGCUCAUGGAAACUCCUCAAUCCUGGCUGACAAAAUCGCUUUGAAGCUUGUUGGUCCUGAAGGGUUCGUGGUCACAGAGGCCGGCUUUGGUGCAGACAUCGGGAUGGAAAAGUUCUUUAACAUCAAGUGUCGCUACUCCGGCUUGAGGCCUCAUGUAGUGGUCCUCGUUGCUACAGUCCGAGCUCUGAAGAUGCACGGAGGAGGUCCCACUGUGACUGCUGGAAUGCCUUUGCCUAAGGAGUAUGUGGAAGAGAACUUGGGACUUCUGGAGAAUGGCUGCAGCAACAUGAAGAAGCAGAUUGAAAAUGCCAUGCACUUUGGCGUGCCCGUGGUGGUGGCAGUGAAUGCUUUUAAGACUGACACUGAUGCUGAACUCGACUUGGUUUGCAACGUGGCCAAAACUGCUGGAGCCUUUGACGCAGUGUGCUGCCGGCACUGGGCAGAAGGUGGCGCUGGAGCUGUGGCCCUGGGACAGGCUGUUCAGAAAGCGUCAGAGGCUCCCAGUAACUUCAAAUUCCUCUACGACUUAAAGUUGUCCAUCACAGACAAGAUCCGAGUGAUCGCCCAAAAGAUCUACGGCGCAGAUGACAUCGAGCUCCUUCCUGAGGCUCAACACAAGGUGGAGGUCUACACAAAGCAGGGUUUUGGCGACCUCCCAAUUUGCAUGGCAAAGACGCAUCUGUCUCUGUCGCACGAGGCAGACAAGAAGGGCGUUCCCACCGGCUUCAUCGUCCCAAUCAGGGACAUCCGGGCCAGUGUGGGCGCGGGCUUUCUCUUCCCACUGGUUGGCACGAUGCCCACUAUUCCUGGCCUUCCCACAAGACCUUGCUUUUACGAUAUUGACCUGGAUCCUGAGACUGAACAAGUGAACGGCCUUUUCUAA